ACAUGAAGUGAUAUAUAGUUUUUCUUACAAUUAAUCCCCAAAUUAACACUGUACCCUAAAACUUCCUCCGGCAUCGACCACCAAACCCUCCGGCAAACUAUCCGGCGUGGGCUUUCUUUCCAACUGAACCAACAGGCUGUCGUUGGAAUCUGUUCGCUGCUCCUUCCUUUUCCCUUCUCUGGUAAAGCAAAUGAACAAGGGUAGAAACCGGUGAAGACUUUACUAAAGAAUAUUGGUUGAUCAUUGCUUGGAGUUGCUAGUCAAUAAAAAGGAGCCUCGCUGGCGACGGAUCACCGCCCAUUGGCCUAUGGAACACCUUCUUCGGAUUAAUUUGGAGACCAACGAUAACAACAAUCCUCAAGCUAACUUACAAGCUCUCUCUCUCAUCUCUAACCCUUCCACCUCUGACUCCACACUUUCAUCCAUUGCCAAAGUCUUAAUCACCUCUCUGAAAUACCCGAACCCUAAGUCUAAUUCGCAUCGUUUUAUCCACCAUCACAUUCUCCGCCUCUUUUCUCUUCUUUUACAUCGCUGUCCACAUCUCCACCAUAACCUCAUCUCUGCCAUCCGUGAAUUCUCUCUCCUCCCUUCAACCUCCACAAGAUUACUUGUUGAUGCCCUCACAUGUCUCUCCAUCUCAGAUAGUAACGUUAAUGAUGAAUCAACAUUCCUCUCUCUUGUUUUUCGUCCUUGUGUUUCUGUUCGUCAUUGGUUACUUUUAAAUGUGAGUAAAUUUGACAUACGGCCGUCGGUUUUGCUUACGGUUCUGCUAGGAUUUACAAAGGACCCCUAUCCGUGUAUUCGAAAUGUUGCUUUGAGUGGAUUAGCUGAUUUGUGUGAGUGCAUUAUUGUGGAAGAUGAAAGUCUCAUAAAAGGUUGCUAUUUUCGAGCUGUUGAGCUUCUGUUUGAUUCUGAGGACUUGGUACGAUGUUCUGCAGUUCAUGCGGUUAGUGCAUGCGGGCAGUUGAUUGUGGCAUCUAAACAAGAAAGUAAAGGGGACUGGUCUGAUGCAUUAUUUCUGCAGCUAUGUUCAAUGGUGAGAGAUAUGAGUGUCAAGGUCAGGGUUGAAGCUUUUAAGGCCAUUGGGAAGAUUGAAACUGUUUCUGAAUAUAUUCUCUUACAAACACUAUCUAAGAAAGCUUCAUCUAUAACAAAAGAAAUGAAUUUUCCUGGCCAGUACUCUGAGACAUUGUUCAGGAUACCAGCAGCGAGCGCUGUUCUUGCUUUUCUACAUGGACUGGAGGAUGAAUUUGAUGUGGUAAGAGUAUCUGCUUGUGGAGCUUUGCAAUCUUUAGCAAUCCAUUCUGCUGAUUUUUCUAAUAUGGUUGUGAACUUGUUGAUGGGCAUACUUAAUGAUGAUUCAAUGGCUGUAAAAUUGCAAGCUUUAGAUACUUUGCAUCAUUUGACAAUGUUUCGCCUUUUGAAGGUUCAACAACCACAUCUGCACAUGUUUCUUGGGAUUCUACUAGACAGUUGCAGCUUGAUAAGAUGUAGAGCCAGGAAGGUACUAAAACUGACAGAACUGCCGAGCUUGGGUAUGUUCAAAAUGUGUGUUGAUGGACUUAUAAGAGAUUUGGAAUUGUAUCCUCAGGAUGAAGCCGAAGUUUUUUCUGCUUUAUUCAUGAUUGGUCAAAACCACGGAGAGUUUUUAGUCAGACUGAUUAAUGAAGCUUCCCAACUGAUAGAGCCCUCUUCUGGAGGCAAGUUGGGUUAUGACAAUGUGAGGAAAGCUUCAUAUCUAGUAUUAGCCACCUCUGCUCCAGUAUCAAUGAAGCAGCAAACUUGCAGCAUUCCACCAAGAAUUUUCUCUUAUGCAGUCACACUAUUAGGGAGAGUCUCUCGCAGUUUCGCAGAUAUAGUUGACCAGAGAACAUUUUUGGCUUAUCUUUCUUGUUGCAGUAGAUUCACAUUUGUUUCUGCAUCAGAGUUUUUUAAAAUGGAAGAGCAUCGUCUGUUACCUCAUCAAAACAACAAAAUGGAAGAGCAUCCAGAGGAAGGUGAUGUGCAAUUGACACAAAGAUGUGAAAUCUCUGAAUACGACAUUUGGAGGAAAUUACAACUGAAGGAAGCGGAAAGCUCGCUUUUGGACUUCCAGGUUGAGCAUUGUAAAGAGAGAAAUUGUGUGAAUAUCGUCCUUCAGGUGGUAAUAGACAUUUGGCCAUCAUUGAAACUUGGAUUGAUCAAUGAAGUAACUUGCACACUGAGGAGUUUGAAGGCAGAAUUGGGAACGAGAUCAGAUCACAAUCAUAGGGGUGAGUUAGUGUUUGCUUUGCAAUAUAUAGAUGCCUUGGAACAACUUGGACACUUGUGGCAUCACUUGGUGUUUUCCAAGGAGUUUUACUUCCAUAAAUGGGGGAAAUUGGAGUGUUCUUUGAAAAAACUGGACAGAUGCCUGAGGGACAUGAGAUAUAAGUUAAUAGGUUUAACCAAAAAGGACAAUUUUCUUAUCUUAGAGUUAAUAAUUGCAAACAGUAUACUGACGCUUUGUAAUAUGGAAGCCUGUGCGAAUACUCUAAAGAAGUUACAGUCUGUCAUGUCUUGUAUUGAACAUAUUUGUGGAGAAGGAUCCACUGAAUCAUCCAAUUUUGUGGUUGAAGUUCAGAAGUCGUUGAGUGAGAUUGACACCUCUAGUUGUUCAAUCUUGGACAAUCCAUAUCUCCUUCUGAAGUCUCUAGAGCAUUUCACUCCAAGAAUGGUAGUUUCGUCAGGGAAUCUCAAAUAUAUGGAAGCUGAACUGCAGUGUCAAGGCAAUGAAUUUCAAAAUCCUCUUCCUUUCAUCUCUGGGCUGCCUGUUGGUUUAUCUUUAGACAUCAAACUCAAUAACAUCUCGAACGAGAGUAGGUUAUGGAUAAAAAUGAGGUGUGAAGAGAAACUAACUCAGUUUGUUUUCCUUGAUUUGCAUGAGAUCGAAGGAGACGAUGAAGUGAGGAAAUUCACAUUUGUUGCACCUUUCUACCAAACCCCCAAGGCAAACUGUUUCUCAUUGAAGAUCUGUAUUGUUCUAGAGUGCAUAUCUGACAGUGAUCAGUUGUUCAGGGGCUACGGAGGUCCUAAGCAUGAAGUUGUUCAUCUUUGUGAAGAAAAAGCAGUGUAUUUUUCCGUUCAAGUCAGGUAAUUGUGUUCCAGUUUGAUCAAGUGUGAUCCAAAGACGGCUAUAGUUUUCUAAAUUAUGGUGCUCAUUGUCAAAUACUGGUACAAUCAGUUGCUGGAUUUAUAAAGUUUUCUCCUUAUGAAGUAGUGAUGACCAUGGACUACCUACCCAUAGAACCAAGAGUUCUAAGCGAGUAGAGCGAUGAGUGUUUCAUUUUUAGCAGGUUGCAGAUCUGGAGUAGGAGUAGCAAGGCACUACCAAGGAAUUUAGUGAAGUGCAGAACUUAAACUGGUAUUCAUUUUGAUCAUCUUGGUAUCGAGUACAUUGUUCUGAGAGUUUUAGCUAUUGAAGGAUCCCAUGUUGUAUAGUGUAUACAUGAAGUUGAAACUGGUAUGUAGCUUUUUCAGAAUGGAUAGAUUAUGAGAUGAGUUUUGUAAAGGAAAAAGAACAAGAAAUUAUAGUGCAGCUCCAAUAUUUGUCCAAUAGAACUUUUGCUAGUGAGCUUUGUGCCUGA